AUGGCAAGGCUAUUCUGUGCUAUGAUCAUUCUCUUGCUUGUUUUAGCAACAUCAGCAGAACCUUCUUGUAAAAUUGUUUUAAAAGGGAUAAUUACCUCUUUGUAUUACAUUAGAGGGAAACAUCAUCGAUUGGACAAGCCAUCAAACGCGUGCUGCAAAGGACUGAACGGUAUAAACAGAGAGGCAAAAAAUGACAAGGAUAUAUUUGCUGUUUGCAAGUGUAUGGAGAACGCUCUUUCACAUAUCCAUUUUGAUCUCACUCGCAUCGGACUAGCUUCACUACUAUGUCAUACACAUUCAUCUCUGGCUUCCACUGGCCCUAAGAUCCGUAUUUGUGCAAGGGGAAUCUGA